AUUUGUAAUUAUAAUUAGUUUCGCUGGUUAUUUUCGGUUAUGCAACGUUUCAUAUUUUCGUGUACAUUUUCUCAUCCGUUGUUGCGAUAUACUGUUCUGUAUAGCCUCUUCUGUUGUUAGUUUUUUAGUUGAUAUUGUCAUUAUGUUUUAGUCGUCGUAGUCGCCACACAAAUCCUGCAAGUUUCGUUAUUUUCCCGUCAUUUUUGCUUGCUUCAUUUAGCAGUUUAUUUUGGUGUCCUGCUCUGUAUAUUUAGCUUGUUUAUGUACGUUUGUUUUCAGCGAAUUGCUAGUAAAAGUGCGAAUUACUUAGCUGUGUGGUUUGAUUACACACCGAUUUUUGUUGGAGUUAUAAUUAGUAGUUUUUCAGGCGUUUCAGGUUUAUGGAAGAAUAAGAAGUGUCGUUCAAAUUUCUUCGGCUGUUCUGUUUGAAUGAAAGUCUUGCGUGUUAUUUUUAUUUUUUUUAAUACUUUCGUUUCAUUCCCUAGGUCCAUUGGCGCAUUGUAUAUAUUUACACCGACCGACUAUGGACACUGUGAGCGGAAAAGGAUGGAAAAGUCAUUGGUCAUUUGAUAGAACCAAAUUUAUAUUUCAAGCAUUUUACUUUUUCUUUCUGUCUGCAUUCGUCACGAGGCUAGUAUAUCUUCCUAUCUAUCUUAAACAGCUGGGACUCAAUGCAAAUUAUGUGGGAAUUCUUUCAGGAGUGAUUCCUCUCGCACGCGGCGCAGGAGCACCAAUCAUAGGAUACGUGGCGGACGAAACAAACUCAAGAAAACUUGCUUUUCUUGUUAGUCUGGUAUCACAGACAUUAGCGCCUAUAUUGCUACUGAUACCACGACCUUCUGAACCGGAAUGUCAAUCAAGAGUUGCCAUGGAAACGCCAAAGCAUCCCUAUAACAAAACAUGGAUGGAGAAGUCGCUCAAUAAGACUAGUGAUCAAGAAGAUAUUGGGCAAAGUCAAGAGCUGUUGCAGAUUUUCCUUAUUCUUUUGGUUCUCUUUAUUAUUACAGAAUUCAUUGCUGCGCCAACGAAAAGUCUUGCAGAUUCAUCUCUUUUAGAAAACCUCGACAGCACUGAGUCGACUAAUUAUGGAAGGUUUAGAAUGUGGGGAAACGUUGGUCAAAUCAUUCUUUAUUUGAUGGUUUCACCUGUUGCAAAAUCCAACACUGUUAGAGUUUGCGGCGUCAUUCAGGAUGAUUAUGGACUAACAAUGUUCCCUUUCUCGAUUGUGCUGCUGUUCGCUUUUAUACUGGGUCUAAUGAUUGACUUCAAACAGGAUGAAUUAAGGGCAACAGACUCUCGCAGAACCAAGAGGGAAAUACAAGAAUCAUCCCUAAAAGAUGUCUUGUUAAACCUUCAUAACAUUGCAUUUAUCGUCAUUAUUCUAUACCUUGGGAUAGUUGACGGCAUUUUUAGCAAUUUCAUGUUCUGGUAUCUAACUGAUAUCGACCCAUCGCAAGCCACGUGGGUUAUAGGCGUGGCUGGAAUAAGUCGUAACAUCGCAGGCGCAUUUUCAUUUGGUUCCUCGGGAAUCGUGAUCCGAAAAUUAGGAGUUCUAAACACAGUUAACUUGUCUCUUGCCUUCUAUGUGGCAGGUUUCGUUAUCUAUGGACUGCUGACAAACCCUUGGUUAGCCAUCAUCCCCGAAGUUAUGCAAUUCUUUGCCUACGGUGUUUCCAUGCCGGCUUGUAUUGUGUAUUUUAAAGAAAGAACAUCCGAGGAAUAUUCAGCAACAACACAAGGUGGGUGUAAAAACAGGGAAAGAAAAAAAAGAGAAACUAAGGCCCUGUUACUCGGCUCUUAUUAA